AAAUAAUAAUGUUAAGUCUUCCUCUCCUAUCCUAUAUUUGAUUGGGAUGAUGAUUUUUCUUUAUUAUUUACUUUAUAUAUAUAUAUAUAUAUAUUGUUUUUUAAUUUUCUAAGAUAUUAGAUAAAUUUACAUUUUUCUUUAAUAUUUACUUUAUAAAUUAUUAGAAAGAUUUGUACAAGGAUAUAACAUUGAGUCCCCUGCCAACCAUGUGUUUGUAAAAUUGCCUCUGAGGAAAAAAAGAAAGGGUACUUGAAAGUGAGGGUUACGAGGAGGAUAGAUUGUUGCCGUAGAUGGUUGUAUAGUAAUGGCAAAUAGUAGCAUAAACUUGGUGCUUCAUCAAGGGUCAAUGUUGCCACAUGAACUUCCUAUUGCUGCUUUACUGGGACCUUCAUGCUUUCAUUCGUUUUCUUCAACUUGGGCUAUUACCAAUGGAGCCAUUCAUGUCUCACCACAAAGGGGAAAGUGCAGUGCUACUUGUUAUCGCUUCAGUUUCAGGAAAUGUACAUGCAAAUGGAAACGGCUUGUAAGAAGUUGCUCCACCAGUGAGUUUGUCCUUGCCAGUGAUGAAAACUAUGGCAAUAAGCAGGUUGUUAGUCUCACUCCCCGUCUCUACGACUAUGUCCUAAAAAAUGUUCGAGAACCAGAGAUUCUAAGACAAUUGCGGCAGGAGACAGCCUCUAUGCGUGGAAGUCAAAUGCAGGUGUCCCCUGAUCAGGCACAGCUGCUUGCAAUGCUUGUGCAGAUUCUUGGAGCAGAGCGGUGUAUUGAAGUUGGUGUUUAUACUGGAUACUCAUCGCUAGCCAUAGCAUUAGUUCUGCCAGAUUUAGGUCAUUUAGUUGCCUGUGAAAGAGAUGCCAAAUCUCUUGAUGUUGCCAAGAAGUAUUAUCAGCUAGCUGGUGUUUCACAUAAGGUGGAUGUAAAACUUGGACUGGCAAUGGACUCCCUAGAAUCUUUAAUUCUGAACGGUGAAGCAGGAAGCUAUGAUUUUGCAUUUAUUGAUGCCGAGAAAAGAAUGAACGAGAAAUAUUUUGAACUGCUAUUACAGCUGGUGAGGGUUGGAGGUCUUAUUGUAAUUGAUAAUGUCCUUUGGCAUGGAAAAGUUGCUGACCCACUGGUAUAUGACCCUAAAACUAUCAGCAUUAGAAAUUUUAACCAGAAGUUAAUGGAAGAUGAGCGUGUAAACAUCAGUAUGGUACCAAUUGGAGACGGGAUGACGAUCUGCCGAAAACGCUGACCCAUUUUUGAGUAAUUUUUAAGCUCUAUGCAUUUGAACUUACACGCUUUAGGGUUAAUUCUUCUGUGACAUCUGAGGAAAGAAAGAUGUAUAAUAAGCACAAAAUCGAUUAGAUGUUCUUAAAACUUUUGAAGUUGCAAUGCCCAUUCUCUUAGGCUACUUUUGGCAAGGAUCUGAAAACAGUUUACUGAUGAAUAUCAUUUUGGCUCCAAAGGGAAUACGCUAAAA